UUUCCUCCUGUUUCCUCUUUGUUUUACCUCUACUACAGCCUCCAUGAUUCAAAACCAGGUUAGACUUUAUUUGGAUGUUGUCAGAUUCAUCUCAAUCCAUCUAUAUUAAAGUGGAUUAAGGUGGAAUUUAGUUUAAAUUUUACUUUAAUCCACCUCAAUAUAUAUAAAUUGAUGUGAAUCUGACUACAUCCAAACAAGGCCUUACGCAGAAGUAAUGGACGAACAGAACUGUGACUUUCAGACGUCGUGGCGCCGAACCAAACGCCCAAAGCGACCAAAGACCAACGCACACGCACGUGUCGCUCGGCGCCGUCGCCGCCGUUCCGCGAGGCGACAGGCGUCGACCUCUCCCGCCUGCAUGGCUGCCACUUCGAUCGCCUCCCUCGCUUAUUGACUAACGACGCCCGCCUGCCUCAGCAGUCAGCACACUCGACCGCCAAAGAAUCUCGCCGCCAUGGCGUCCCAGCUUGCCGUCCUCCUCAUCCUGCUCCUGCCACUCGCCGGCGCGUCCACCGACGACGGGUUCAUCCGGCAGGUGACGGAUGGUCGUCGUUCCCGCGCUGGCGCGGGCGCCCUAGGGCUGCUCCCGGAGGCGCAGUUCGCGGCGUUCGUGAGGCGGCACGGGCGGCGGUACUCCGGGCCCGAGGAGUACGCGCGUCGGCUGCGCGUGUUCGCGGCCAACCUGGCCCGCGCGGCGGCGCACCAGGCGCUGGACCCGACCGCGCGCCACGGGGUCACGCCCUUCUCCGACCUCACGCGGGAGGAGUUCGAGGCCCGCCUCACGGGCGUGCGCGCCGGCGCCGGCGGGGACGUCCAGCGGCUCGUGAUGAGUGGCGCGCCGGCCGCCCCGCCGGCGUCGCAGGAGGAGGUGUCCCGGCUGCCCGCCAGCUUCGACUGGCGCGACAAGGGCGCCGUCACCGGCGUCAAGAUGCAGGGCGCGUGCGGGUCGUGCUGGGCGUUCAGCACGACGGGCGCCGUGGAGGGCGCCAACUUCCUCGCCACGGGGAAGCUCCUCGAGCUCAGCGAGCAGCAGCUGGUCGACUGCGACCACACGUGCAGCGCGGUGGCGCAGAACGAGUGCAACAACGGCUGCGCCGGCGGGCUGAUGACGAACGCGUACGCGUACCUGAUGAAGUCCGGCGGGCUGAUGGAGCAGCGGGCGUACCCGUACACGGGCGCGCCGGGGCCGUGCCGCUUCGACCCGGCGAAGGCCGCCGUCCGCGUGGCCAACUUCACCGCGGUGCCGGCCGGCGACGAGGCCCAGAUCCGCGCGGCGCUGGUCCGGCGCGGUCCCCUCGCGGUGGGGCUCAACGCGGCGUUCAUGCAGACGUACGUGGGCGGGGUGUCGUGCCCGCUCCUCUGCCCGCGCGCGUGGGUCAACCACGGCGUGCUCCUCGUCGGCUACGGCGCGCGCGGCUUCGCGGCGCUGCGGCUGGGCUACCGCCCCUACUGGAUCAUCAAGAACUCGUGGGGAGAGCGGUGGGGGGAGCAAGGGUACUACCGCCUCUGCCGCGGCAGCAACGUAUGCGGCGUCGACAGCAUGGUCUCCGCCGUCGCCGUGGCGCCGGUGCCGUGAACCAACCCAAACCACCGGGGCCGGGCCGGUGGCCAGGGUGUAUUAGUGGAACGGUAGUUCCGGACGUGGCAUGGUAUUGUUGAUGCAGUAUAUAUGUACAAGCGAAUAACAACACUGAUACGUAUCCGUUUGGCGCAGCUUUGGCUCAACUUUCAUCGGCAUAGCUUAGCUCAACUUCAGGGGUGAAGCAGUUUUUUUUUUCCUUUCAACAAUCAACUUUACCAGUGAAGCUAAAGAUGUUUCAGUGAAACUAAAGAUGUUAUGAUGAAUCAUUUGGUAAAACAAUUCUAUAUAUCGAGUCUUUACAGUCC